UUUCCUAAGUAACUGCACUACAGUAUAUGUGAAUGCUAAUAAGGAACCAGUGGUAAGUUUAAAACAAACAUAAUCACUUACCAGUCAUUUUUGAUAUGUUAUAUGCUAGGAAUGCAAAAUCGACACGAGAAGAACGUGUACAAAAUGACGACCAUCGUGAAACCCCCGAAAACUGGAGACGAAACUAAUGGUUCUGGGAUGGUAAUUCUCCAAUUGAUAUUAUUUCAUUUAAUUUUUAAUAAACUGAUUUUGAGGAAACCGCUCGAUUCCCCGAUACCACCUAAAGUUAUUUUCAUAAAUCUUGUUGUUGUUUUCUAGAUAUCUAUAACAUUUAGACAUUGAUACCAUCGUUUUUAUAUUGAAUGUUAAUGGCGUCCCUAAUGAGGCGACACAUGUUUGAUAUUUAUUUUCCUUCUAUAAUUGUUUAUUUAUUACAUCUUUUUUUCCCUUUUCCUUGCUUCUAGGAUAUGCUAUUUUAAGAGAGGAAAUAAAAUGAAACAACUGAAAGUGUUGACAGGUAUAUGUCUGGUAACGACAGCACUAGUCAUCUGUUUUAACCGUUUAGACAUCCAUGGCGUCGUGCAGUUAAACCACAAGGACGGUCAAGAAGAACGUGUAUAUCAAAUAAAGACAUAUAAUCAGCAGGGACAUCAACAAUACGAUCAGAGACAUACUGAAAGUACCACAGACAAAGGACAACCUCUGUCAACAUUACAUCCCGACUUACAAAAUACAAAAGUGCAUCACCUAGAUAAAGGACAAAUCUUUGAUUCGUACAACAUGAUGUCGGUAAAUGUCUUCACAAAAUGCUCACUCAACAGUAGUUGGACACUGGACCAGUCCAUCUGCAAAGACGUCCCCGUGUUCAAGUCAGUCAAGAUGAGAACAAAAGCCGGUCUAGUGGAUAUCUAUAUUCACGAUCCAAGGAAGGACACGUGGGUUAGCGCCACGUUGUCGAGGAGCGGGACAUGGGAACAAAACACCACAGAACUGAUAAGUUCAGUGCUGCGAGCAGAGAGAGAUGCUGUUCUUCUGGAUAUUGGCGCUAAUAUCGGAGUGUAUACAUUGACUGCCGCCAAGCUGGGUUUUAAGGUCAUAGCUGUGGAACCUUUAAAAAUAAACGUGCAGAGGAUUUGCAAAUCUUUACGUGCAGGGAACUUUACAGAGAACGUUACAGUUGUGCGAAGUGCGUUAUCAAAUGUUUUACAAAAGGUUAAUCUAGGAAUUGUAAUAAACAAUAUAGGAGGGUCAUACGUUCUUCAGGGAAAGAAUAUUAACAAGGCCAAAUCAACUCUAGUGAGAGGAAAAUAUCCAGACGUUAUUUGGACGACAAGGCUGGACGAUAUUAUGCAACUACCCGCGUUCGAUUCAGGAAAGGUAAUUAUAAAAAUGGAUGUGGAAGGUUACGAAAACAAAGUCUUGAGUGGAGGAGUACACUUUUUUGAUCGAAUGGAUGUACCUACAGUUCUAAUGGAAUGGACAUAUCACAGAAAAGCAAUGAGUGGAAAAGAAAUUUUGACAUUUUUUGAAAACAGAAACUAUAUUGCAUAUGCCCCUGUGAAAAAUAUACAAUUAGACCUAAAGCGCUCGUAUGAAUGGCCUGCUGAUAUUCUAUGGAAAAAACGUAAAACUCCAUAGACUGUCAACAUUGCAUUGACUGUCUCUGAUCUAAUGUGUACGUGCUGAAGAUUUAUGAUAAUACCACAACUGGGAACAUACACAAUCUAUGAUAUGAUAAAACGAUGCUGACUUUAAUGAGUCAUUUGAGUUUGAGGAGUUGCUUUUUGUUUAUGAGGAAUUAGUACUUUCAACUGUUAAAUUGAGUCUCAUUUUUAUAUUGUGUUUCAGAGCUCGGACUGCAUACUCUGUCGUUUUUUAUAAAAAAAAUAUUAUUAAAAUUUUACCUUUUUUUAGUAAAGAAAGUGAACAGAAUAAGACAAGGUUUUCAUUAGCUACAGAAGUGUUUAUUUGACUGAUGUUUCCUUAUUAAAAUCCACAUUACUGUCAAACUUUCAUUCGAAUGGAAACUAGUGUGUUGAUUUAUUUUGCUCGUUUCACAUAUGCAGAAUAUAAACAAUAGUUAAAUAAUUCUGUUUUCGUUCCUAUUUAAGCAAUUUAUCAAUAUCAUCGUAAUCACAUUCCUGUCCGAAAAUAACAAAUGGAAUAUAGCAGCCUGGCCAAAUUUUCUCCCUUUCGUGUCUAUUAAGCAAUAAUCGCCUAUCCACGAACUUUAAGUGAUAUGCCUGUUUCCGGCCUUGUUCCGCAGUCUGAACGAGACUAGAUUUGUUUGCAUCGUGAAUCAACUCACUUUCUAACAGUGUCUUGAGGAUGGAGAACCUUCCCAAAAAGGCCGCUAUGUCCCAUGUCAAAGGCAAUCUGGUUCACCUUCCUUUCAAAAACAGAGUACGUCUUUUUUUUCAAAAGAAGUGAUACGACAACCCUAGCGUCAUCAAUACAGGCGUAAUGAGCGACGUUAUAAGAAUGUGUCCUAUGGAUGAUAACAUCGAGGUCAUUCAGAUCUGUAUCAGACAGUUCCAGAAUAUAUUCAAGGGCUCUGUAGUAAUCACUGUUCCACAAAAUACUAUUGUCGCCGGAUAUGGCUCUCAUUAUGUCUUGUGGUAUUGGAGGUAGUAUUUUACACCGUUCGUCAUAGUCCAGUGAUAACAGCAACACUUGAAGGACAGAAUGGUUAUCUUUUGUUCUAUCUGCGAUGCUAAGACCGUACCCGAUAAGUUCAUGGAGUAUUUUGUAUUGUCCUCCCCGUGUAGCAUAGUGUAAUGCUGACUGGUUUUGAGCGUCCUUUGCCAUCACAAACUCGUCACCAUGUGAUUUUAUUUCUCGAAUCCUGUCGAUAUAGCCUCGCAUUGCACAGUAGUGAACACAUCGCCUUCCGGAAGUGUCAUUGCACGACGACUUACAAGUUGUCUCCUCACCGUAUUCACUCCACAGGAUGUCACAAACCGGCCGAAUCCCUGUCCAUAUCGCAGUGUGGAUCGGUAGAAGGCCCCAUUUUGAGCGGUAUAAUACGGUUCUCUCUUUUUUCACAAUACUUGAUAUGGCAUUGACGUGACCUUUCCGCAUUGCUGUCGAGAGUAUUUCCUCUCUGAAAUACGUCAUUGAUACAUUUAAGUCGCUGGUUGUGUUUGAAUCGUAAUUGUCAUCAUCAUAAAUAAUACACACUCGCAGAAGUUCAGACAGAAGCUCAUUUUUUCCGUGCUCGCUUGAACAGAGGAGUAAUUUCUUUAUGACAUCGUUAGCGUUACGCAUAUCCGUUAAUGCAGUCAGCAGAGUAUCGACGAAAUUCUUGGCGAAAUUGUUGUCCUCAAAAACCUGCAAACCCACACACAGAUAGCAAUUGUUUUUCUGUAUGAUUUCGUCUAUAAGUCUAAAGGAAAGUGUGGUGUAGCAGCGUUCUUGAAGAGUUACAACCACUUCACCCGUUUUCCGAGCGUAUGUCUUACUUCUGAAAAAGUCUUUUAUGAGCUGAAGGUCACUGUUCUGCAAAAUCUUGUCAGGGAAAUGUCUGCUGAAUGAUAGAAAUACCGCUUCUUUGAUUGUUUGGUGUCUAAAAACAACUGAAUCUUGUCCAUCAAUCUCUUGCAGCAAACUUCGUACAGUGUCUUCUUCCACACAAUCAAGAAGCUUGCUAGACGUGAUCGUUUUUAGAUCGAGGUCACCUGUAACUUGUUCAAAGUCUGCAUUCUCAGCCAGUGCAUGCAGGUCUACAGGUCCAUCGACCAACAUCAUGUACGCCAGGAGUGCGUACUGCAAUCGGCAUUGCGCAUCUUUUGACUUCCUGAGCUGGUCGACUUUUGAAAUAAGUGAUUGGUCAGGACGCCUAAAAAAGUCUUCUCCCAUUUCAAAAAAAACCUUAUUUGCGAAAAACAGAAAGCAACAUUGUGGAAAUCCUGUCAGUGGUUGGGUGAUGCAAAUUUGCUUGAACGUGUUCCUAUCAAGGCUUUUUUAAGAUCGUUUUACUGGAACGCUCCCACUUC